AUGGACGCGCCAACCAGCUUUCUCCCACCUUUAAAGCGACUAGACGAAUGUCACGCUCCUCAAAUACAUCAAAUUCUCACUCGCCUGGUUACCAUAUACCUCCCCAAAGUACGUGGUACUGCUCUCAUCGACGAGGACCUGGAAUCACUCCAAGCUGAUGAUUUCGAACGCUCAUUUGCCAUCCGCUGGCUUACUGGCUUCAUCGCUCGUGGCGAAGAAUGGUCCGGAUUAUACACCGAAGGCGAAGACGAUCUUAACAGCGGGGCCCCAACCGCAAAUUCUGAUUCGUCAAUUGGCAGAUUUCAAACCGAGUUCCUGGAUGAUACCUAUCUUGCACGAACAACGGCCUAUGAUCGGGCGGCGGCUCUGCUUGGAGCAUGUGCUGGUAGCUCUGCAUCUGGUGCUAUUUCCCGGGAGUUCAAAUUUGCCCCUUCAUCGGCCUCGUCUGAGGGCCAUUUCAUUUCGGAAAAUGAAGGCUCUGAAUCGAACUUACCUCCUAUAACGAUAUCACUCCAAGACGAAUCCAUUUCAACUGGUGAUCAUACUGCUGUUGGUCUACAAACCUGGGGUUCUGCGUGUAUCCUGGCCGAACGUAUUACUCGUGACCCUAUAGCUUUUGGGUUGCCUGACUCAUUUAUGGACACCGGCUCUUUCUCAAAUGUACAAGGAGCAAGGAACGUGCCCUCGACGGCCAGCAUUGAUAGCUCGAACUUCACUAUUGUCGCAACCGAUUACCAUCCUGCGGUUCUGGAAAACCUUCGUGCUAACGUACAAAAUAAUUUCCCUAUCUCUAAUGUCGACCACAAACCAACGGUCGACGUGCAGCCCUUGGAUUGGUCUCUAUACCUAAACGGGAAACCCACCACUGAUCUCUCGCGCGCGCCAAGUACAGUGCCCACACCUGCGAUAGGCACACCAGUGGGUGGGGUUGAGCGAAAUGACAUUAAUGACAAGCCUUUGCCCUCAUUGCGUUCGGUUAUAUCACCUGAUACCCAGACAGCUUUAGCACCUGAGGCAACAGUGUUUCCUCCAAUUCAGACUCCUUUUACACCCUCGUUUUCGGUGGCAUCUUCUACAUCUACCCCAACAACUUCUCAUUCACCUCAAACACCUCAAACACCCCGUACAACACGUUCCCCACCUCCGAAUUUGGCCCGAGCUGUUUUUUCGCGAUUGAUUGCCCGCGGGCUCAAGUUUGAGAUGCCGGCCGGAGCGUCCGGGCUCGAUCAAAAUUCCGAGCUAUCGAAAAAACCAGAGGUAGACUCGCCAAAUAGCGAGGAGGAUUUCCCUACCCAAAGUCUUGACCUAAUCCCAAAUGGCGCCACUGCACUCGACCAGACGAUCGAGACCGAAGAGUUUCUCCCUGCCCAAAUCUCGAAUCCCUCGCUUCUUUUAGACGCCUCGAGAUCCGAGCUCCUUUGUCCAACUCUUUUGGGCCUAACGACCCAGGGCACUUCGAAGAUAGACUCUACCAGGACGAAUAUCCUUCCUCCGUGCCUUGACGAAACAGGAUCACUCCUUUGCUCGGAUAAUAGGGACGCCACAUUCAAUCCCAACGGAGAUCCUCAUCCGACUUCCUCACAUGCUCUGGGUUUUGAGCAGUCUGCCUCAAUUGGUGACCUUAACUUUAUGUCGAGAGACAAUAGGAAGCAAACAAGCUUUAUAGAGCCAGGCGCCUCUGCUGAACCACCCUUCGACCAACCUUUUGACAUUAUAUUCGGUGCAGAUGUUGUCUAUGAAAUCUCUCACAUAGCUCUCGUCAGAGGCGUUGUAGAGCGUUUGUUACGCAAGCCAUCCUACAGGCCUAGCUCCCCACCCGCAUACUUUCAUCUAAUUAUGCCACUUCGUCCCACACACGCAGACGAAGCAAAUAGCGUUGAUAUGGCGUUCCCACGAGCCGAGGAUGUGAGCCUCAAACACGGCAGCGAGGAGAUCCUUGCCAUAAUCAAAACUGAGACAUAUGCUCGAAGUGCUGGCGUCGGUCGUGCUGAUGAAGUUCAUAUGUACACUACUGCGUCGGGUGGAUCUAGGGAGUUCCCUCCCUCGUGA